UCUAGAAACUCUGUCUACAAUUUUAGUCGAGUACCACCUACAACCACACUAAAAUGAAUCUACUAACAACAAAAACAACCACAGCUGUGUGGAUUCUGUUGUGCUUUCAAUCCCCGACAAGCGCAGAUGAUGAAGAUCGCUACUUAACACUACCCCAAAUCAUCUCCAAGUACCACUAUCCAGUGGAAAUACACCAUGUAACAACACAGGAUGGUUAUACCCUAACCAUGUACCGAAUUCCUGGAACUAGUACAGCUAAACCAGUACUACUCCUCCAUGGUAUAUUUCACUACGCAGCAGCGUUCAUCACCGCGGGCGUUGGACACGCUCUAGGUUACAUUUUGGCCGACGCUGGCUACGACGUCUGGCUUGGUAGUUUUCGUGGUUGUCCCGACUCCCAGACCCAUACCACCUUCAACGCCACUACCGACCCCAAAUUCUGGGACUUCAGCUGGCACGAAAUGGGUUUGUUUGACCUCCCAGCCAUGAUUGACUACGUUUUGGAAAUCACCGCUCAACCUAGCCUCUACUACGUAGCACACUCCCAAGGUACCACCGCCUUCUACGCCAUGGUGUCCACCCAUGUCCACUACAACCGCAAAGUGAAAGUGAACUUCAGUCUAGCACCAACUGUCUACUUCAGCAAACCCAUCAAACCCCUUGUGGUACUAGAAAUGUGGUACCACUACAUACAACACCUAGCGGACAAACUCGACGUCUACACCAUCCCUCCCAGCAACAAAUUCGUGAGUCAAACUCUCCCGGUGUUGUGUGGGCGAACUGGGAGGUUCUGCGACGAGUUGCGGUUCACAUUUAUGAAGUACUUUCAUGGUACUGAAGUACCUGAAGGGGUUUUGCCGGUUUUAGUGGGGCACGCGCAAGUGCCGGUGGCCACCAAGCAGAUUUUGCAUUUUUUGCAGGUGAUGAGGUCGGGGUACUUCCACUGGUACGACGAUAAGGAGGAUAGGUGUUGGGGGUAUGGGUGUGGGAGUCGGAGGGUUCGGGCCUAUAACCUGUCGGCGGUUACAGUUCCGACUUUUUUAUUUUAUAGUGCUAGGGACUGUAUGAUUCAUGAGGAUGAUGUGGUGAGGCUGUGUGGGGAGUUGGGGGGUGGGUGUGAAGGGAGGGUGUUGGUUGCGGAUAGGAGCUUCAACCACGGGGAUUUUAUUUCGGGGAAGAGGGUGCGGGAGUUGGUUUUUGAUAAGGUGGUUAGUUUGAUGGGUCAGUACUAG